AUGCGGGCCGUGCAGCGAGGGGCGUUUGCGGCGACGCGCGCGCGGCGAAGAAAGGAGAACGGCGACGCGCGAGGGUGGCGUGGCUCGCCGGAACUCGCGCGCGCGGCGCGGCAGCGAGCUGACAGCAUCACGUGGGAGAGCGCCGCUCGCGCGUGCGCCCCCGGGCUGCCCGCGGCUAGAGCUGCGCCUCGACCGCCGGCGGGCUGCGGCGUCCGCGCCGCCUCCACCGCUCACGUGGCGGCGGAGCUGCACCGCCUGUCGGCCGACGCCGGCCGCCCGAUGGAGAAGAAGCACACCCGACGCCCACGCCCACGAGAGCAGCCAGUAUUGGAAGGUAUUGGAACUGGCAAAAAUAUGCUUGUUUUCGGGCUUGCUAACAACGGCCGUCAGGCUGAACAGGUAUUUCUGCGAGUCAAGUGCAACGAGAUAUUUUUACAUUAACCUGUGCAUGACAAAAUUAUUACGAUCGGGACCGUCAAAUUGCAUCCUCGUGUUAUACAUCAAAUGACCAACAACCAUUUUGCAUUUUUUCAACUCUUUUAAUCCCUUUACCUACAAGGGUAUGAAAUGUGAGCAUAAAAGUCUCUAAAGAGAUUUGAGUUUAAAAAUUAUUGACGUGCUGUUGGCAUUGUAUUUUUAUUUUAUAUCGCAUAACGAGGGCCAGUGCGGGAUGAAUCUCGGAUAGUCAAAAGAGAAGUGAAAAUAAAAGGACGAAUGGAGUUUUUUGUACGAUUCGAAACAAUCACAAAGAUACUGCGAUAUGUUCCACGAGUCUUCCCUCAUCAUCUGCAUAUGUAGUUCUGGUGGUUGGUCUCUUGAUGCAUGACAUUGAUAUAUGUACGCACAUGCAUGAAAUUGAGCCUUUGUUUUCGCAUACGGAAUUAUUUAGGAACUUUCCGCUUGUGAAUAAGUAGAUAUGCUCCGGACAAUAGAGAGAGGAACUGGAAAGGAGGAAUCCUGAAACGUCUCUUAGUUCUUUACUUGAUUUUUCUGAUUAAUUUGCCUAUUCUCUUGCUAACUUGAGCAGUGUCGAGUUCACAAAAUAUUAAUUUUCAGUAAUCACAUAAUUUCCUUUUACGACGUCUAUUAUCUAAUCGUAUAUGAACUAGUAAUAUUCAGUGGCCAAUCGAGAGGGGAGGGGGUCUCCACCCCAUUCUCAUCCCCUGAAACUAAUCGCAGAAAAUCACAAUAACAUUGUUGUCUAAUUGGAGAAAUGAAAAUAUUUUAGUAAUUCUCUUUUUUAAUUUUGAUCUUGAUUGAUUUCUUUUGCUGAUACUGUUUGAAUUAAAUCUUAGGAAUCAAACUUCCCAUUACUAUAAAUAUAUAAUUAGACAAUAUAUUCUAGAAUUGUAUUUGUAUUUUAUGUUGGCUUUCACUAGAAGUCUAAAUCAAGGCUGUGUUGACUAUGACAUCUGUAGGACUCCCUCCCUCUAAGAAUAAUCCUGGUUGAUCCAACUGUAAUACAUGUCUCCUUUCCGUUCGCUUCUCAAUAUGAAUAAUAUUUAUGAUCAAUUAUCAUUUCUCGAUUUGAUUCAUAGUUUAAUUCCUUAUAUGGUAAAUAAUUAAGAAUAUCAUGUGCCUAAUUCACAUAUAUUUGCGUUGGAGAGUUACGGAUGAUUUGAAAUAUUUUAUUCAAAUAUACUUUUGAAGAUAAUAUUAAAUAAAUAAUACCA